ACGAGGGUUCCGAGUCAGUUUCUGAGUGCAAUACUGGGUUGUAGGAAAGAUAAUGCAGCAGUUAGGUUCGCCCCAGGCCGGCCACUGCACCCAAUGAGCAUUUUUCUCUCCUACCCUUCCCCACUCCCCUUGGAAACCGAAAGCGAAAUCCUGGCUCACUCUUUCGGUCAUCGCUUGCUUUGGCCUGGCGGGGGCCGGGGAAAGCCGGAUUGGUGGCCGGGGGACUGGCUGCACCCGGACGCUGGGAAGCCCAGGCCAGCAUGGAGGGGCCGCCGGCGCCCGGGAACGGGGACAUCUCGCUGCACAACUUCAGCGUGAGGCUGUGGGAGCAGCUCGUCCACUUCCACGUGAUGCGGCUGACGGAUUCGCUCUUCCUGUGGGUGGGCGCGACGCCCAACCUGCGCAACCUCGCCGUGGCCAUGUGCAACCGUUACGACUCCAUUCCAGUGUCCACUUCCCUUCUUGGAGAUACCUCUGACACGACCUCCAACUGUCUUGCUCAGCGAUUAGCCAGGAAGACCAAAAAACAGGUGUUUGUCAGCUACAAUCUUCAAAACACAGACAGCAACUUCAUGCUGCUCAUAGAAAACAGGAUCAAGGAAGAAAUGGAGGCUUUUCCAGAAAAGUUUUAGCCCGAAAAAGAGCCCGGUAGCAUCUGAUGAUUUGUAAUUUAUGUACAUUAAACAGAAUAAAUUGAGUGUAUUUCACAGUACGUCUAACAUGGA